UUUUCUCCUUUUUUAUAUAAAAAAUUCUAAAAAAUGAAGUCCAUCGGAUUUGUACUUUGUAACAAGAUUCAGAAGGCAUCAAUAAUUACAACAAAUCGGCUUUAUAAUCGUUAAUGCCCAUUUGACCCACGCCAAAGUCCAAGAAACUCUUCAUGCAAUCGGCCAAGACAUGCCUCAUUUCUCAAGCAUGCUCAACCUAAUCUCCCUCCUCCGCCGCCGCCUCCGUCGCCCUUCCAAACCCCGCAUCACCGUCAGCCGCCGCAACCCUGACUCCGCCGCGACCUCCCCGGCUGCAUCUCCACCGCACUACGGCAACGGCUCCUCCGCCGCGGCGGUUCACCCCAAACCCCACAGACCCAUCCGCCUCGCCACCUUCAACGCCGCCUUGUUCUCCAUGGCCCCCGCCGUCCGCACUCCGACCCGAGACCCCGAAGACGCUGAAUUUACGGGCUUGCCACUCCGGUCAAAGUCAACUCUUGACCGCCCCAAGAGCAUACUCAAGCAGUCUCCUCUUCAUCCCACGAGCGAUCAUAAUCUCUCGGCGAGGAGAGAGAGAUUCGCCAGAUCGAGGCUGAGGGUGUCGAUCAAUCUGCCGGACAACGAGAUCAGCCGGCAGCUGAGUUUCCGGGGAGACGACCGAGACGCCGCCGGGAGAACGAUGAAUUCGCAGGUACGGUCGACGGUGUCUUUCUCCGGCGAGAGAGAGGGGAGCAGCAGGAGAACGGUCCUGGAAGUGCUGAGGGAGGUGGAAGCGGACGUGUUGGCACUGCAGGACGUGAAGGCGGACGAGGCCGACGAAAUGCGGCCGCUGUCGGAUCUGGCGGCGGCGCUCGAAAUCAUUAAACUUGUUGGAUGGUUUGGCUCUUCCGUCCAUAAGAUCUUCGACGACUCCGAUUUCAGAAACGUGCUGAAAGCGACCAUAGAUGUUCCAGUGACGGGGGAAGUGGAGUUCCACUGCACACAUCUUGAUCACUUGGAUGAAAACUGGAGGAUGAAGCAGAUUGAUGCUAUCAUCCGAUCCAGCAAUGGAGUUCCUCACAUCCUCGCCGGUGCUCUUAAUUCUCUCGACGAAACCGACUAUUCUCCCGAGAGAUGGACUGACAUCGUCAAGUACUAUGAGGAGAUGGGUAAGCCAGUGCCGAGAGCUGAAGUGAUGAGAUUCUUAAAGAGCAAAGAGUACACAGACGCUAAGGAUUAUGCAGGAGAGUGUGAAUCGGUAGUUGUGGUGGCAAAAGGCCAAAGUGUGCAGGGGACGUGCAAAUACGGGACAAGAGUGGACUACAUAAUGGCCUCGCCCGAGUCUCCGUACGAGUUCGUGCCCGGGUCGUACUCGGUCUUGUCCUCAAAAGGAACCUCCGAUCAUCACGUCGUUAAGGUCGAUCUCCUCAAAUCCGUAAGAAACGUCGAACACACAGAUGGUAACGUCCGGCAGAGAAAUCACGGUCAACAAAGAGUUGUGAAGAUUAAGGCUGACGACUCUUCUCCCGCAAAGGGCAUAUGGAGGACCUAAUUAAUCAAAUUGUUAAAUUUCGUUGCAGAUUUCUUAGUUCAUUUAUAGACCAUUGUUUCCAAUUUUCCACGUGUUCCAGCAUUCAUGUCGUGCCUGUAUAUAUAUAUAUAUAUUUUCCA